AUGUGUUACUUCGAGCUGCAGCUCCUCUUCUGCCCCUGCGACAAGGGCGUGGCGUGCGUUAUGAAGCACAUGGGCACCAAGGUCGUGCGCGGGCGAAUCGUGCACAUGGUCGGCAGGACGUGGUGUCCCCAGGAACAGGCAUUCCUGCCGCGCACAGUCGCCAAACCCUGCCAGGAAGUCAUGGCCAAGGGCGCCGUCCUGGGCCAGAGGGAGUGCCCCAAGUCCCCACCCGACGGCGAGUUCGACGUCACCACCAACUACGUGGCGGAGACUAAGUGUAAGGACUGCACGGUCAGGUGCAUCGAGCUGCGCAAGAGCGAGCGGUUGGCGGCGCGGAAUGCGCGAAAGACGUCCGGCGGCGCGGCGGGAGCGGAGCCGAAGACGGCUGGGAAGGCGUAG